CUCGCGCGACCUUACAAGUAGUUCGUCCGAUCUUUCCGAUAUCGCACGUUCUCGCGCUGCUCCCGUUCGACUUCGCUGGAAUGUCUCGUGUGUUCGGGAUUGUGCUCCUGCUUUAUUUAUUUAUUUAUUAUUUUUUAUUUAAAAAUAUAUUAAAAUAAUAUUUUAUUUUAUUUUUAAAAAAAUAAUUUUUAAUAUAAACCCAUCAAACACCGUAUCAAAUGCAAUUUCAAGUUGCAUCUGCCUCUGCUGGUAUCUGUAUGCUAUAUAUAUGCCUCUCUUUUAAUUAUAACUCGAUUUUUAGAACAUUAUUUCCGGAAGCACUUUAAAGUUUAUUUCUUUUCUCCUUCUUUGAUUGUGUUGUGCUGUUUCCGAUUGCCUCCACCAGUUCUCUGCUUUCAAUUUUAUGCAGGUAUAAAGCCAGCUUAUCUACCGAUCUUCCCCUUGAUUGAUUCAAUGUGGCCACCGGAACUAGCAACUACGUCUACCGCUAAUGAAAUUGGCGGUAGCUAUGAAAUAAACACAGUACCGUCGAUGAUUCAGCCACCAAUAGAGCAGUACAUGUCAUUUCUAUCAGGAUGUCUUGAUUCUCCUACCAUACCCGAUUCUAAGCAGAAAAGAAAAGCUCCUGAUGAUGUAAAUAGGGAUCAAGAGAGGAAGAAAGAGGCAGACAGAGCCUAUCGGCAACGGUGCAAGUUUAAGAAAAUCAAGAAUGAGGAAAAAUUGUGUGCGCUUACCGAAGAAAAUAAUAGAUUAGACAGAGAGAACAAGCACUUAAAAAAUGAAGAAGUUCGGCUGAAAGAGGUUGUGCAAACUCAAAACGAAAACAUGAAACAACUUCAAGGUCACUUUUGCCAAUUGAAGUCCCAGCUUGACAAGCAAAACAUCGUUGUGGAGGUGCUUUCAAAGCAGCUAGCUAUGUGCAAGGAUAUAGAUCGACAACGUGAAAUUGAACGACUGAAAUGUGAAAAUGAUCUGCUGACUAAGAGCAUCAACAAUCGGGACAGCUUGAACAUAAUACAACUCGAGGCAAAAAAUACAAAAUUGGAACAAGAAAAAAGGUCACUCCAGAUGAUAAUUGAUGCUUUGUGUACGAAGAUAAAUAAGGACAGCGAGCAUGAACUGAAAGAAGCGUGCUAAGGUUAUAUUAAUGAUGGCUGUGAAUGCUGGAAAUUAUCCAGGAGUCGUGUGAUCUAUUGAAGGAACUGCUUGAUCUGGGACGCCAUCCAUUGCCUUUAGGAUACUAUUUAUAUUAAUGAGAAAAUUGAAUUUCCCCCAUUAGGAACUUUGAUAUUUUUCAUUUUUCUGAAGCCCCCUUUGCAAUGUCUCUGCUGUCAAAAUUACGCUGCAUCACUGUGGAUGUCACUGGUACACUCAUAGCUUACAAAGGUGAGCUUGGUGACUACUAUUGUAUGGCAGCAAAAUCCGUUGGCCUGCCAUGCCCUGACUACAAACGUAUGCAUGAGGGCUUCAAACUUGCAUACACAGAAAUGGCCAAAAAGUACCCAUGUUUUGGGCAUGCUGCAAAAUUGCCUACUAUUGUCUGGUGGAAAACAUGUGUGAGAAAUUCUUUCAUCAAGGCUGGAUAUGAUUAUGAUGAAGAGACAUUUGAGAAGAUCUUUAGGCGUAUAUAUGCAUCCUUUGGUUCAUCUGCACCUUAUAGUGUUUUUCCAGACUCCCAACCUUUCCUUCGAUGGGCUCGUGGAGAGGGUCUUCUUGUUGGGCUUGUUAGUAAUGCUGAAUACCGUUAUCAGGAUGUGAUUCUUCCAGCCUUGGGUUUGGAGCAGGGAUCCGAGUGGGACUUUGGUGUAUUCUCCGGUCUAGAAGGGGUGGAGAAACCAGACCCGAGGAUUUAUAAGAUUGCCCUUGAGAGGGCUGGAAAAAUUGCACCAAUUGCACCAGAAGUAACUCUGCACAUCGGGGAUAGCAUGCGCAAGGACUACUUGCCAGCAAAGAGUGUGGGGAUGCAAGCAUUGCUGCUGGAUAGGUUUAAGACACCUGAUGCGGUGGAGUGGAAAAAAUCUGGUGCAACUGUGCUUCCUGACUUGGCCGCGGUACAGGAAUUUCUUACUUCAGGGAAUAAGUUAACCUGUUAAGAACAGAUUUCUCUCCCCAGGCAGCUGUUAUAUGUCUAAUUUCCUCCCAUCAUCCAUGAAAAAGCUUUUGAAACUAUUAUAAAAGACGAAUUAUAGGCAAAUUUAUGAUGAGUCCUAUGGUUGUUUGCA